AUGAGAUUACUUAGCAACUUAAACAAAGUUUCACAAGAACAAAGAAUGUUGAUCACAUUGUUAGAUUCACAAUUCAAAGAUUUAGAAUUUGCCUCUAAUAUAUUAUGCAUCAGAACUUAUGAACAAUUAAAAGACGCCUAUCAAAAUAUGAAAAAUCUAACUAAUAAGGAUCAAGAAGCUGAAUAUAGACUCACUUCAUCAAAUUCAUUAUUGGCAAGAAUAUUUCAAAAUAAUUAUACUUAUGUUGAUAAAGUAACUAAUUAUUUAGCUAUACCCAAGAUUCAUUUCGAAGAUUGCCCUUUAUUAUGGUGA